AUGUCAUUAGGAAAAGCUACAGACGUCUACUUAACUUUAAACAACGGGAACAAGAUCCCAGCUUUAGGUUUAGGUACUGCAAAUUAUGGUGAUGGUAUUCCAGCAACUAUUGAUGCAGUUAAAAUUGCAAUUAAAGCAGGUUAUAGACAUAUUGAUACUGCAUGGAUUUAUAACACUGAAAAUGAAAUUGGUAUUGCAUUGAAAGAGUUAUUUGAACAAGGUAUUGUUAAAAGAGAAGAUUUAUUCAUUACUACAAAAGUUGGUAAUCCAUUAUCUCAAAAUCCUGAAUUAUCAUUAAAUCAAUCUUUAGAAAAAUUAGGUAUUGAAUAUGUUGAUUUAUUAUUACAACAUUGGCCUUAUGGUAAUGAACCUGUUUAUAAUGAAGAUGGUUCUUUAAAUAGAGAGAAAUCAAUUGCUAAUGGUACUAAUCCUGAUAAGAUUGAUAAAGAUUAUGUUGGAGCUUACAAGAAGAUUGAAAAAUUAUAUAAACAAUAUCCUGAAAAGAUUAAAAAUAUUGGUGUUUCAAAUUAUUCAAAUGAAUUUUUAGGAAAUUUAAUCAAUCAAGUUGAAGUUAAACCUGUUAUUAAUCAAAUUGAAUUACAUCCUCAUUUACCACAAAGAGACGUUGUUGAAUUUGAUGCUAAACAUGAUGUUUUAAUCACUGCAUAUUCACCUGCUGGAUCUUCAGGUGCUGCAAAUAUCCACAUUCCAUUAGUUAAAGAAUUGGCUUCCAAAUAUAACACCACUGUUAAUGCUGUUUUAACUUCAUAUCACAUUCAAGAAGGUAGAAUUGUUAUACCAAAAUCUAUUAAUGAACAAAGAAUUAAAGAUGCUACUGUUUUAGUUCCUUUAACUAAAGAUGAAUUACAACAAUUACAUGAAUUUGGUGAAUCAAAUCCAAAAAGAUUCAUUGCUCCUGAUCUUGGUAAAACUAUAGGCUUUAAAAUUUGGGAUCAAAGUUCUUCAGUGAUAAAUUUUUAA